CAAAACAAAAGCUGAAGAUUUUAACAUAAAUUAUCGUGGAAAGUACAAUAACAAAAAUAAUCAAGUAAAUAUUUCGUAAAUUGGUAUUAAAAAUUACAAUUGUAAAUAAAACAUGUCCGAAGAGGUUGCGGUAAAGUUAGAAAAUGUGGAACAAAAAUCGGAUGUUGAAGCAGAGAGUGGGAAGAUUGUUUUUAAAAAGAAACCACGGAAGAAUCUACGACAGAGGAAGCCUUCACAUUCUGACGAGGAAGAUAAACCUGAUGAAGAUAUCGCUGUCUUGGAAGAAAUAAAGGAGCGUCAAAAGUUGCGACAACGUCCCCACGGUGUAAGUGUCAUUGGCUUGGCGUUGGGCAAAAAAUUAGCACCCGAAGAAGAAAUCACCAUAAAAGACCCGUUUAGUGUAAAAACUGGUGGGUUGGUGAAUAUGCAGGCUCUGAAAUCUGGAAAGCUGAAAGAACCUGAAGAUGCCUAUGAUGUAGGCAUUGGAACACAAUUUUCGGCAGAAACAAAUAAACGUGAUGAAGACGAAGAAAUGAUGAAAUACAUUGAACAAGAAUUGCAAAAAAGAAAAGGUUUAGCCAAAACAAAUGCUGAAAACGAAGACGGUGAUCCAAAUAAAUAUUUAACACCCGAAGAGGCAGCCCUACUCGCAUUACCCGAUCACUUGCGUCACUCCUCCUCCAAUCGCUCCGAGGAGAUGUUAUCCAAUCAAAUGCUAAAUGGUAUACCUGAAGUAGAUUUGGGCAUUGAUGCGAAAAUUAAAAACAUUGAAGCGACUGAGGAGGCCAAACAAAAACUACUGCAAGAUCAAAAGAAUAAAAAAGAUGGCCCUUCGCAGUUCGUACCGACAAAUAUGGCAGUUAACUUUAUGCAACAUAAUCGAUUUAACAUAGACGACAAUGAACAAAAACGUCGCAAACGUGAUUACAUAGCCCAAAAUGCACAACAACAACAGCAAUCACAUCCUCAGGCCGGCACUGCGAACGGUGUCAAACGUGCCACAGAUGAUUAUCAUUAUGAUAAAUUUAAGAAACAAUUUCGUCGUUAUUAGAUUUAAUUGUAGGGAAAAAUAUUAAACGAGAAUUAAUAAAAUAAUAUAUAAUUCUUAAAUAUAAGAAAUAAAAUAUAUAAUUAUUGCUAUUGA